AUGUCCAGUCCUUUCGUGCGCGGUUGGCUUGUUGGACACCAUGCUAUUUUCCUUGUUUUUGGAUACAUGUUAUCUGGAUGGAUCGGCUAUGCAUGCUACUUCGCAACUGGUUCAAAUCCGUCAUUUGCUUGGAGGUUUCCUCUUUGCCUCCAGAUUUUGAGUCCACUGCUCCUGUUACUAGGCUCGCCAUGGCUGCCCCGAUCACCUAGGUGGUUGAUAUCGAAAGGUAAGUAUGACGAAGCCUGGGAGAUUCUUCGACGACUUAGGCAGUCGAAGGAUGAUCCACAAGACUUAGUUGCAAAGGAAGAAUUCUACCAGAGCAAGGAACAAGUGAAGCUUGAAGCAGAGAGACUCUCCGCGACUGGGUACAGCGUUUGGGUGGCAGUGUUCAAAAAGAAAUCGUAUAGGAAAAGAAUGAUCAUUGGUUUCUUGACCCAGUGGGGCGCUGAGUUUGGUGGCCCCUUGAUCAUUAAUAAUUAUGCCGUAAUUCUGUACACCAAUCUUGGAAUGACUGGGCACAUGCCUCUCCUUCUCAGUGCUUUGUGGUUAACAACUGCAGGUUUGGUAUAUAAUCCUCUAGGGGCCUGGCUCCAUGAUAAGGUAAAUUCGCGUCGUAAAAUGUACAUCAUUGGCUUUGUGGGCAUUGUUAUCACAACUUCCUGUCUGGCCGCCAUGACUGCGAAAUACGCUGGCACAACGAAUCGGGUAGGAAAUGGCUUUGGUAUUUUCUUCAUUUUCUUAUACCUAGCUUUCCAAGGCACAUUCUGUGACACGACAAUGUAUCUCUAUGUCUCUGAGAUUUUCCCUACGGAAAUUCGACCAAUUGGGAUGGGCUUCUCCCUCUUCGGCCAGUUUGCAUCAACAAUUAUCCUCCUUCAAACAGCACCUAUUGGUUUCGCUCAUGUGGGGUGGAAAUACUACCUCGUCGUGAUCAUCUGGUCUGUUCUUUUCAUCCCAGUGAUUUACUUUUUCUUCCCCGAAACUGCACGUCUUAGUUUGGAAGAGAUUGCGAAAAAUUUUGGCGAAGAAGUAGCCGUUGAUGUCACUGCAGCCACAGAGGAAGAGAAGGCAAAGCUGGAACAAACACUCAUUUCUGCAGAUGUAGUGAAAAAAGGAGAACUACCUGCUGCAGCAAAGUUGGAUGAGAGCGCUUGA